ACAAACAAGGAUGUUUGCAUGGUAGUUCAGAUGUGACUAAUUUUUAAAGAACUAAAAAGGUUUUUUCCCCUGUAUAUAUUUGCAGAAAGGGAGAGGAAAUGUGGGGCACACACAGACAGGGAACAAAAUUCACACUUGGGCUUACCCCGCACUGCUAACCUUGGCAUGCACUAUGAGGAGCACAGGGCUCCAUCAGCCCUAAAGAGAUCACCAAGUGGUGAAUUUAAAGCUUUCCUGAAUUUGCUGAACUGAGUAAAGGGGGAAUGAGAGAAGAAAGGGCCUUAAGGGGGACGUGGUUGGGUUUUUAUUUUUCUCCUCCAGUUAUUAUUUUGUAAAUCCUUCUCAUGAGGUACUUUGCUUAUGCUUUAAGGUAAAUGGGCCAGGCAAGUCCUUUGUGUCUGUGAGUGAACCCUUUAGUCUCCCUUCUUACCUGUCUCUGAAGUUUACCGUUUCUCUUACCUUUCACCAGGCAGAAUAAACAGAAAUGCUCAGUGAACUUUCUGUUUCCACAGAAACACUGAAACUUGUCAGUAUAUUUCAGGAUGGUUUUUAACAUGUUCAAACAUUCCUCUCUCUCUCUAGUUAAUUAACAAUUAAUGUAGCCACCAAGGAAAGCUCUGCCAGGAAAGAGGGACACAUCGUUACAAAGUCCAACUGACAAUGGCCUGGUUCCUUCUGUUGGUGAUUUACACAAAGUCACAACGGAUCAGACUGAGAGACGCCUCUUGCUGACCCCCACUCUUCCUUCAGUUUAGUAAUCUCCUGACAUCAUGAUAGGGACCAUGAGAAGAGACCUAGAAUGGAGAUUUCACUGAAGAAACUGGAAGUCAAAGGCUGUCAAAAGUACUAAUAGAAUUGUAGAGGAAGCAGAUGUUGGGGAGCGAGCAAGGUUGCAAGGUCUCUCCUAUCAGUGGAAGCAUAAAACAGAAUUGGAGCACUGGAAAGCAUGAAGUGCUAGAUAAAGAGGCUCGAAACUGGAAAGUGAACAGAAGACUGACUGUAAAGACCUGUGAAGUUCCAGAUUGUGAAAUUCAGCAAUGAUACACUGUGGAAAGAAACGUAUUUGUGCUGUUGUCACAUGUAUUCUUAUUUUUGCAACUGCUUUAAUCUGUUCCUGGAAAGAUCCUCAGCUACCAAAUAACUUAACUAGAAAAAUCUUCCCCAAGGUAACAACUGCCAGUCCAGCAGGUCGGCUUUGUAGGGGAAAACCUGCUCAAGAUGUUAUAACACCAUUAACAGAUAACAGAACUUUUAUUAUAUCCCCGUACUUUGACAACAGAGAAAGCAAAGUCACUCGUGUGAUUGGGAUUGUUCACCACGAAGAUGUAAAACAACUGUUCUGCUGGUUCUGCUGUCAGCCCGAUGGAAAGAUCUAUGUAUCAAAAGCAACAAUCGAUGUUCACUCGGACAGAUUUGGGUUCCCUUAUGGAGCAGCAGAUAUAGUUUGUUUGGAACCCGAAAGCUGCGACCCAACGCAUGUAUCCAUUCACCAGUCUCCGCUUGGAAAUAUUGACCAGCUGCCAAGCUUUGAAAUCAAAAACCGCAAGGCCGAGCCCUUCCCUGUUGACUUCACCGUGUGCAUCUCUGCCAUGUUUGGCCACUACAACAAUGUCUUGCAGUUUAUACAGAGCAUGGAGAUGUACAAGAUUCUUGGGGUACAGAAAGUGGUGAUCUAUAAGAACAACUGCAGCCACCUGAUGGAGAAAGUCUUGAGGUUUUAUAUGGAAGAAGGAACUGUAGAGAUAAUUCCCUGGCCAAUAGACUCACACCUCAAGGUUUCUUCUAAAUGGCACUUUUCUAUGGAUGAAAAAGACAUUGGCUACUAUGGACAAAUCACAGCUCUAAAUGACUGCAUAUACCGUAACAUGCAGAGGAGCAAGUUUGUGGUUCUUAAUGACGCUGAUGAAAUAAUUCUGCCCCUUAAGCACCCAGACUGGAAAACCAUGAUGAGCAGCCUGCAGGAGCAGAACCCAGGGACUGCCGUUUUCCUCUUUGAGAACCAUAUCUUCCCAGAAUCCGUGUCUACUCCCAUGUUCAACAUCUCAUCCUGGAAUACUGUGCCAGGUGUUAACAUAUUAAACCAUGUUCACAGGGAGCCUGAUAGGAAAGAAGUUUUCAAUCUUAGGAAAAUGAUUGUUGAUCCACGAAAAGUGGUUCAGACGUCAGUCCACUCUGUCCUACAGGCUUAUGGGAACAGUGUGAAUGUUCCCAUGGAUGUUGCCCUCAUUUAUCACUGUCGGAUGCCUCUUCAAGGAAACCUUCCCAGAGAAUCCCUCAUCAGGGAUACAACACUGUGGCGAUACAACUCAUCAUUAAUCACGAAUGUUAACAAGGUGCUAUAUCAAACUGUACUGUAAGCUCAAAAGUGAAACCUCGGUUAUAAGGAGGGAACAUGAAGAGUUGCCUGUAUCAUGUGGAGGCAGAGGAUAUCAUAAAGAUCAUUAAAUAAAAAUCACUUCCAUGUGAAGUUUAAAUCUUGCAGAGAUUUAGAAUAACAGCUUUUUAAUGUGUUUUAGAAAGGUAAAUGCAUUUGAUUUGUGAACUGAGGCAUGGUACCUUGUAAGAGUCCACAGUGAUCAAGUGCUGACUAAUAACUGAGUUCCUCAGGUAAAGUCUCUACUGCAACCUUUUAAGAUGUGUGAGCUGAGGCAUAGUGAGAGGAUAGCUCUUUUAUAUGCCUGUAACUAUGAAGGGGCAUUAUUCAAGGCCUAGGAAGUGUCCAUGCAGAAAUUUGAAAUUUAAUUUACCGAUUUCCAGCUUUCUCUCUUUUUCUGUUCCCAUCCUCAUAUGUUUUAACUUGUACAUGAACCUGUAAACUUCCUGAAGAAGGAAUGAAUUGGUUUUUGGUUAUUUGUGUCUCUGAAGGACUUGGUGGUUAACAAAAUACAGCUGUGUUUAGUGGUGCCUAUUAAAAGAUGGCUUGGGACAGCAUCUCCCAGGUGAAGAGCAUUAACACUGUAACUCAUUCUAAUCACACAGGCAGGAUAAGAAAACCCACAGGCUAUAGCACUGAAGCUGUCACUUGUUAGAGGUAUUUCUUCUUAAGGGAAGUAGGAAUUCGUAGCAGAGCCAUGAGUCAUUUAAUGAUCCCAAGCAUCAAUGCAGAUGGUAUUUCUUCUGGAAAAUGUAAAAUGAGGUUAUUUUCAAUUAAAAAAAAAUAAAAUAAAAAUCAGUAUUUCUCAACUGAUUCAUAUAAUGCAGAAGGUUGUACAGAGCUUUCAACCUAUGUACAAAAAAUACAACUAUACUAUAGUAUUAAUGUUGUUUAAUUCUUGCAGUCUGUGUGUCACUGUUUGGGUACAGAAUUUGUAUGUGCCAAAUUGAGUAAAAGGCAAACUAAUACAUUGUGAAAAUAAUUGAGCAAAAUCUACCAGUUUCCAUUGUAAGAAAAAGAACCUUUUAUAUUCUUGGAACUAGUGUUUGUUCAAGCGGUGAUGUAUUGUAACAGGAAGCUGUUGCAGUUUUGCCGAUCCAAAUGGCUGCUCAGCUGGGGCUUUGACACAUGUAAUUUUAAGAAGAAUGGUGAUCCCUUUUGUUACCCACAGCUGUUGUGAAUUACUUAAGUGAUAAGUGCUGAGUUGUGUUGGAAAGCUUUAAAACAGGCAAGGGCUACAGAUUGAUGUUGAAGGAACUGUGAACUGAAAAGCUGGCUGUGUCCAGGUGGAAAGAUGGAAGAACAAAUACUUAUGGUACGUAACAGUUGUUGGUUUUUUUCUGUGACCUUGAAAUUUCGUAACAAACUGUUUCUUCAUGAAAAUUAGAUAUCAGGUGGAUUUUAGACCUUCCUGUGAUGGGUAAGUUAAAUUGUAUUGCUUUCUUAUAUAGGUGUAAGGGUAGAGAAGCUGUGUCUUUUCCAACCCCUAUCUAAAACCAGUGCUAAGUAGUUGCUAACUUCUGCCAAAGGGUCAGAAGGAAAGAAAAGCAAACAAACCCUAUUUGCUCACUGUAGUUUCACAAUUUCAGUCAUAUUUUUUCUGUUUUCUAAAUGCUGUGUUCAUUGUACUGAUGGGGUGAUGUAUUAGAACCUUCUUAUGAAGGGACAUCUAGGGGCAGUUGUAGUCUGAUACUGGUAUGUGACAGAAGUGUGUGUGAGAGCAGCUGUGCUUGUUUUCAUUUCUACACCAGCUUCAUGUUUUCAUUCAUUUGUUUUGAGCUGUCAUUAGUGGGUUAGUAUCAUUAGCUUGCAAAUGUCCAGUGGAACUUUUAAUUGGAAGUCUUCAAAAGACAGUCUGUAACUGUUUGCUAAUUGCGUUUAUAACAAUCAUCAGCUGCUAUGUAACAGGCUACAACUUCAUUUGUAAAGCUAAAGGGGUAGAAGAGCAGUUUUGUGUGUUAUUGGAUGCUUCUCAUCAUGGUUUUUUGUUUGCAUUCUCUGGAUAAUGCUUCCCCACCCUAUACCCACUGCCACCUUCCCUUCCCACCAUUCUCUUUGGAAAGCUGAAUUCAGCUCUCAGAUCCCUUGUGCUCCGCCUUUCUGUGGCCUCUCAUGGAACUUGCUCCAGUGUGUCAGUGUUUUGUACUGGCUAACACAACACUGGACUUGGAUGUGGCUUUGAGCACAGAACAGAGGUGAAGAAUCCCUUCUCUUGAACGUCUAGCUAUGUACGUGUUAGUACAGCUCAGUAUAGUUGGCCACCUUUGUCACAAGAGCAUAUUGCUAAAUUUGUUGUGCAAUAGCAUUCCCAGGUCCUUCCCUGUAAGGCUGGUUUCUAUGUAGUUGGCUCCAACCUGCCCGUUGUGUGGGAUGACUGUGUCUCAGGUGAAGGAGUUGCUUUGGUUAAACUUCAUGAGAUGUCUGUCAGCCUACUUGUCCAGUUUGUUGAGACCCUUAGAGUUAGGAUUCCCUGUGCUCUUGCAUAUUGAUUGUUUCUCCUUCCCCUCUAAAUAAAUCAGUGUUGUUGGAAA